AUGGUUCCUGCCAACUUUUCCUCUUAUUUUUCCACUCCAGAUGGCAACAGUGGUUCUCAGACAAGCCACGAUUCCACGGACAACGACGCAGGACAAACGACGCGGGGGGAAGGGGACCAACGACGGCAGAGAACAACGACGCAGGACAAACGACGCAGGGACAACGACGCAGGACAACGACGCAGGACAACGACACAGACAAAACGACGCAGGACAAUGACGCAGGAACAACGACGCAGACAACGAACGCAUGACACACGACCAGGACAACGACGCAGGACAACGGACGUAGGACACCAACAACCGCAGAAACUACGCAGGACAAACGACGCAGGACACGACGGGCAGGACAACGACGCAGGACAACGACGCAGGAACAAAACGACGCAGGAUCACUACGCAGGAACAACUGAGGCCAGCAGGACAACAACGCAGGACAACGACACAGGACAACGACGCAGGACAACGACGCAGGACAACGACACAAACAACGACGCAGGACAACAACCGCAGGGACAACGACGCAUGACAAACGCGCAGGACAACGACCAGGACAACGACGCAGGACAACGACGCAGGACACAGACGCAGGACAAGCGACGGCAAAAGGACACGACGCAAACAAAACACGCAGGAACAAACGACGCAGGACAACGGACACAGAAACAACGACCGCAUGACAACACGCAGGACAACGACGAGGCAGAACCAAGGACCACGACGCAGGGACACGACGGCGCAGGGACAACGAGCGCGAGACAACAAAACGACGGCGGACACGACGCGAGAUCAUCCGACGCAGGACAACGCCACAAACACAACGACGCAGGACAAUCAACGCAGGACAACGACGCAUGGGAGGGGACAACGACGGGCAAACAAACGGACGCAACAACGACCGGCAACAAGACGCAGGAACAACUACGCCAGGACAAAAACGACGCAAGGAAACCAACUGACGCAAAAAACAAGACGCGCAGGACAACGACGCAGGACAACGACGGCAGGACAAACACGCAAGGACAAACGACGCAGAACAACGAACGCAGGACACGACGCAGGUACAGAUCGACACAAACAACGACGCAGGACACCGACUACAACAACGACGAGCAGGACAAGACAGAACAACGCAGGACAACGACGCCAGACAAAACGACGGCAGACUACGACACAAACACGCCGCAGGUACAACGACACAAACCACGACGCAGGACAACUACGCAGGACCACGACGCAACACGACGGAGCAGGGGACCACGACGCAAAGGACCAACGACGCAGGACAAUCGACGCAGGGACAAGCACGCAACAACGACGCAGGACAACGACCUCAAACACGACGCAGACAACGACAGACAAACAACGACGCAGGAACAACGACGGCAACAAACGACGCAUGAACAAGCAACGCAGGACAAAACGCGCAGCCAACGACGCAGGAACAAACGACUACAACAACGACGCAGGACAACGACGCAGGACAACGACGCGAGGACUCAAAAACGACGCGAGGACAACGACGACAGGGACAACGACCAGGACACGACGAGCAGGACAACGACGCAGGACAACGACGACAACGACGCAGGAACAACGACGGCAAACAACGACGCGGACACCGACAGCAGGACAACGAGCAAACAACGACGCAGGAACACCACGCAGGACACCGACGGCAGGACAACGACGCAAAACAACGCCGCAGGACAACGACGCAGGACAACGACGCAGGACAACGUACACAAACACGACGGCAGACAAACGACGUUCGGCAGGACAACGACGCAGGACAACACGCAGGCAACGAACCAGGACAAUCGACGCAGUACAACGACGCAGGACAAACGACCGCCGGUACAAAACGACGCAGGACACCGCAGGACAAACGACAAAUAA